AUGGCUUCCAGCUUUCUAUCCCGCACCUGUCCGGUCGAACUGUUCCUCAAGAUCUACAACGAACUCCACACCACGCAAGACGCCUUGUCUUUUGCUCUCACAUGUCGACACAUUAACGAUGUUUGGAAUCGCAAUGCGACCUCCAUCCUCCUGAUGCUCUGGCGCCGCAAUGGCAAGUUCCCAGGGGUGGAAGAGGCGCUGAUUGCUGCUCGCAUGACCAAAGUGGUCGUUGAAGCUGAACAGGCAGGCCGUCUGCCGCCCACGGACAUGCACCCCGGAGAUUUCAAUGUCGAUCACGGUGGUGCGCCCACCACUUCAGAGCUCCAGAGUGCUCGUGCCCGCCAUCACCUGGCGUGCGCUCUGUCCGUUGCGUUUUGCCACCACAAUACGUAUCUCCCCACGGACAGACAAUGGAGGAUAGACGAGGACUGUAACCAAAUAUCUGGACCGCCAGAGUGCACUCCGGAAGAGCCGAGUCGCAUGCCCGAGUGGUCUGCUCGCGUGCACAAGGAUAUUUACAGGACCAUGAUUGUGUGA